CAUCAAGUCUUGCGUCGACGUCGACCGGGAGAGGGUACAGCCUGACUAACAUCCGGGGACUUCGGAAAAAGAGAUAUCCCGCGCCAUCUAAAAUCGUCUAUUAAUUUUCCUCGCCGAAUAUUUCCACGUGUGUGUCGUCCGAUCUGCCAUAAGUGUCGUGUAUGUGUGUCUGUCCCCAUUCAACCCAAACAAAGCGGAGGUAGAGAGCCGGCAGCGGCACCACAGCCAUUCAUAUUGAUUUUCCCGUGAUAAACGACGAAUAAAAAACUUGUUGAAUCUCUCUCUCUGCCCGCGACGUAUCUCUGCCGGCGUUACGGCUGUUUAUUGCCCGGUGUGUGUCUAUCUGCUCGCCCCGGCUCUCCCGGACCUUCUGGAAACGGGCUUUCCCGUGAGUGAUGGUGCCGUUUGACCCAAAUUGCACCGGCGGAACCCACGCCCGCGGACGUACGCGCGGACGGCUCGAUCUCGUCGUGGUAAAUGAUUUUUUAAAUGCCGUCGUGGUGGUGAUGGUGAAAACGCCGAAUGUGCCGAAGAGCGGAGGUUGUGACGGGAAGUGAAGGUCUUAAUUGCGUCUGCUGCCGAGUGUUGUUAUUGUUGUCCUCUCGUUUCUAGAUUUAUCGUUAUGAUCAUACCAUCGCAAAACUCCACGUGUAAACAAAUAGUGAAAUAUUGAGAUACCAGCUAUCUAUCCGCCAGUGAACAUGGAGACCACAAUGGACGAACCACUGAACUUAACAGUUAAAAAAAUGCCGAUAGCCAUUGUAGCGCCAUUCACCGUCAUCGACAACAAAAACAAUAAAAAACCCACCGCUGAAAUACGCGCCAAUAAGAAUGAAGACGUACCCGAGGACCUAUCGCUGAGAGACAAAUACGAGAAGGAUUACUUCGCCAACUACCCCAAUUUGAACAUCCAACACGACCAUCAGGAAGGCCGCAAUCGCUUCAACAAGAACACCUACCGAGAACAAGAGCUUAUCCUGAACGACAUGAACAAACUCUGUGACUUCGGCACCAAGAACUUCGCCGCCACCUCGGAGUACAUGGAGUACGCGGAUCGGCUCUACGAGCACAAAUUCCUCGCGGCGUGGUACAUAAAUUCUAUGAUCGAGAACCAGCGCAACACCUAUUUCAACUUCAUGCAACAGCAGCAGGCCGCGGCCGCGCGAGCGCCCUAUGCCUUCGACAAAAGUAACAAGCCGGAAAACAACCGGAUCCUGAAUAAUCUGCUGGAGAAGAAAUCCAAUCAUAGCUGCAAGUUUCCGGUGAAUUUCGACGCGCUCAUAAAGAACGAGAUGGCUAGCAAAGACGAAACCACCAACUUCGCUGAGAGGCAAAUGGAUCACCAGAAAAAUAAUAUGGAUAAAAAUAAUCCCGAAACCAAUGGAGAAAAGAAGAAACCACAUAUCAAGAAACCUCUGAAUGCAUUUAUGUUGUAUAUGAAGGAAAUGAGGGCUAAAGUAGUAGCAGAAUGCACGCUGAAAGAAAGCGCUGCCAUCAACCAAAUACUUGGGCGACGGUGGCACUCUCUGAGCCGCGAGGAGCAGGCCAAGUAUUACGAGAAGGCCCGACAGGAACGCCAACUGCACAUGCAGCUGUAUCCAGGCUGGAGCGCUCGGGACAAUUACGGUUACGGCACCAAGAAGAAGAAGCGAAAGAAAGAACGAACGCCGAACGACUCGGGAGGUAACAGUAUGAAAAAAUGUAGAGCAAGAUAUGGAUUAGAUCAUCAGAGUCAGUGGUGCAAACCAUGCAGACGCAAAAAGAAAUGCAUUCGCUACAUGGAAUCAGGUGAUGGCAAUGAUGGAAACCAAUCAGACGACAAUUUAGGCAGCUGUGGUAGCAUGGGCGAUGCGCAUACCCCACCAGAUGAUGAUGCAGAAAGCUUGAACAGAUCCAUGUCAAGCCCGGGUGGUCUUUCAGCCCUUAGUAGCCUAACUAGUCCUGGCGGUAUGAUCCUUCCUAGUCCAUCUACAAGUGUAGCGAGUCCUUCCGUGAGUUUGGCUAGUCCUUAUAUGCUGCAAAGCCCCCUGACCCCACACGAACAUAUGGACGUUAAGUUACCCCCUCCCUUAAUACUUCAACAACCCCCUCGUAAUCCUGUGGGGACAAAUCCACACGAUAUAAAUAAUCCACUUAGUGUAAAUCAAUUAACUGGACAAUGUGUACGGAAUGAUUCGACAGAUUCGAAUAGUAAAGAGACAACACGUUCGAUUAUCAGUGUCACGUAGCCUUCGGAUAGGCAUCUGUGGAACAUGAGCCUUUAUUUGUCCCAGACGAGGUGAUCCUCAGAAAUAUAUCUCUUGAAAUAUUGCAUGCAGUCAAAUGGACACGGGUUUAUACUGUGACUAGUGCAGUGCGUUGAUCUCAUUAGACUAGUACUGCGCAAACUUCAAUUUUUUACUAUGUAACAUAAAUGUCAUUUGCCAAAAUCACCUCUACUUAUUAUGAAGAUAAAAUAUAUAGAUAUCCUAUAUUUUGUAGUUAUUUAUAUUAAGUGGUAUUUAUUUGUUGAGGAGAUUUUUUUAAAUUGUACUUAUGAGUUUCUGUGUUUUCUGUGUUAUUAUUUUUAAACUAUUCCUUUUUCAAAGCAAUAUAAAUAUACUUUUGUGAUAUGAUGGAACAUUUUACUUGAAGCAAUUUUCGGUGAUAUAUAAGUAUAUAAACAACAUGAAGGCAUGGAACCAAUUCAUUUAUUGAAUUAAUUAAGCAUUAAACAUUUCUUGAUUGCAUAUACUUCAAAUUUCUAACAGAAUGGAAUCUGUUGAUUUUACAUUCACAUUCAAAACAAUACUGAAUGCUUUUUAAAGAAUUUUUGGAAUUUACAACUGAAAAUUGAUUGAAUGAACGAAUUGGGUGCGAUUAGUUUUAUUGUUAAAGACAAAUUUAUUGCACGCCUCAGCAACUGAAUACCAGUAGAAAAUAAAUUUAUGUUCCUUGUGCCAGAGCAAAAACGAUAAUGCAACUUUUAUUGUUUUUAUUUUUGGAUUUUUUUUACUACUUUUUAUUACUAUUUUUGCAAUAAUUUUUAAUGUCAUUGGAUUUCAAAGAAUAUUUUUAUCCAACAUUGUUAGAUCAAAAGAUUACAGAUGUAUUUCAUUCGAAUUAUUAUUCGAACUGAUCAAUUGUAAUUUCAAAUAAAAGUGAUGUGUAGGACAAAACGUUGGAUGAUUUUUCAAUUUUACUUACUGCCCACUAAGAAAUUAAUAUUCUCCCCAACGGUUCUAUCAUAUGGGAAUAUAGCAUCAAAUUCAAAUUCUCAACUAAUUCCUCUAAUUACGAAAAUAUGAAUAUAUAUUUCAAGUAUCAAAGUUAAAUUUCUCUUUUGAUAUGAUUAAUUGAUUCCAGGAUUAACUUCAAGUUUAAUUCAGUUCUUUUGACAGUGUUUAUUAUUCAUCAAAUGAAAAAAAUGCUAUCAACUUCAUUAGCUACUUUUUAUUCCAUUUCAUUGCCUUAUUGUCAAGAGUAACUGCGAUAUAAACUUUUAUAUAUUUUAACUUAAAACACUAGAAAAUUAAAUGGAAUUGAGAGUGGUUGAUGAAAGUGUAUUUCGUCAGUCAAUAGAUGUGUGAACGGUAUUUGGUGAAAACUUGAUUUGGAAUUAAUAUUUCCGAGUCUAUGGGAGUUUGAAAUAACGCAAGUUGUUUAGGCGAGUCUUUGGCUAAAAAUAUCAACAAUAAUGGGUUGGCAUCAAAGCAGUUAUGUUCAAUUUACCAUACUUAAAAAAAAUAUAAGUUGUAUAUUGCUAUAAAUAUUGUAAUUAUCUACUUUGUACAUAAAAAUGUUAAUAGAUGCACUUCUGACUUUUAUUUGGAUUUGUUACAUCUGAAGAGCAAUAUUCAUAAAAUUAAUUUCGUUUUGUUUUCAUAUAUUUUAAUCUGAUGAAAUAAUUUCAGGAUCAAAAUUUAAUAGUGUUGAUAUCAGUCAUGUAUAUAAAAAUUUUCUUUUUAUUAUAAAUUUAACGGGAUAUGUUUUGCAUAAUGGUGUUCAACUUUUAAUUUUACUAUGAAAUGUGACAUGUGAUAUUUUAUACUAUUUUAUGACGACUUUUUAAUUUGCAUCCUUGAAGCCUCAGAACUUUUAUGAUUUGUUUUAUUUCAUUCAGUGUUUGCCAUUAUUACUCAAAUAACUAGUUUUCAGGUAUCAAAAUGCAUAGCACAAUGUAUAAUUGAAGUAGAAAAAAUUUAAUUACUUACUCAUUCUCUCAAUCUCAUUUCUAAGGCAUUUUAUAUAUUUUUGGUGCAAUGUAUUUUGAUAUUUCGAGUUUUUCUAUAAUCUGUGUGUCAUAUAAUUAUUCUUGUGCAAUGAAUUUUUUGAGAAACACAUCAUGAGUGUAAAGAGAUUAGAUGUGCCAUAAAAAAAUCAUAUGUGUUUCGAUAAAUCUGAAAACUUGCACACUUUAACGACUGCUUAGGUUACACAAGUAAUUAAGUUUUUGGAUAAGUGCAAUGUAAAUGUUUUAUAGUUGAUCUGGACUUGGUACACCAUUUUUGCCAGAAUGAAUGCGUGUUGGUAGAAGUUUGUUUCUGAUUAAUAUUCUGUUGAAAGCAAGCAUUCAGUCUUCCUGUAAUUUUCUUUUCAGCUUUAAUGAGAAAGCAUUGUAAAUGCUCAAAUUUUAUUGUACCAUUCUGGAAUAAAUGAAUAUAAAUAUAUAAAUAAAUUAGUUAUUAAUUAGAUGUAAUGUCUUUGUAAGUAGCAUCUGUUCGUAACAUCGUUUUAGAUUAGAAUAUUCAAUACAAAAAUUGAACAUUA